AUGGUGAGUUUUUUAUCGCUAUCAUUUUCUAACAUUCAAUCGUGCAUUGUUCGAAAAAUGCAUACAGGUAGCUAGCCUAUUCAUAGACACUAACUAGCUACUUUGGGAUAAGGCAGAAUGCCUUGAUUAUAAUGCCUUGUGUUUUCGAGAGCAAAUCGGUAACUAGCAAGCGAGGUAACUAUGUAACGUUAUCUGCUGAAAUGUAAUCCACGACGAUGGCUAGUUAAACCUUUCUUAGCUGGAGGUGCUCGUUAUUUUAAUUAUUUUUUUAUUUAUUUUUUACAAUUGACCAUCACCAGACAUUCUCUACCUCCUGGGUGUAUCUGGAUAUCAGGUCUCAUUGGCGACCAUUUUAACUUAGCCAUUAUAACUAUUUAAACGCUUGGUAUGCGAUUUGGGAAUGCUGCCUGGAAGUGGCUGGGGCAUAAUUGUCUAAUGGUGAUCUCUUACUGUGUGUGCGCACUUGUUCCAGGAUGAGGCGUCCCCUGCAUCUCUGACGGACCUGUGUCUGUCCUAUGUCAGUAGGAACCUGGAGAGGUUCUGUGUGAAGCAUGCUGAUGGAUCUCUCUGUCUCAGAGACUCUCUGCUGUUUCCCCAGGAGCUAGCUGACCAGCUGCUGGCUAAGAUGGCCACUGAAGGUGAGCAAGGAGGAUGAAGUAGUCAACGGUCACAGAUCCAAGCUCAGAUCCUUACUUUGAUAAUUAGUAGAAAACACAAAACAGGCAUUUAAUUCAGUGUCUAGAGCAGUAAUGGGCAAAUUCCAUUCCUUAAAUGAUUUUGUCUCAGCUCUAACAAAAAAGUGUGUGUGCAUGUUUCCAGGUCUGUUGAAUGACAGUACAGUAGGAGUGUUUCGUAGCAGUGAGUACCUCCGGCUGCGUCGUGCAUGUAUCCGUACGGCCCGUAUCUCUGCCGAGGCGUUCCAGAGAGCUCUCUGUCCUCACCGCCUGCUGGAGCUGGACGCUGCCAGGGUCAACGCUGACCUCACCGUCUCUGACAUACUACAUGGCCUUGCCUCCAACAAACACUGCCGGGUAAACACACUAAUAAGAGAGCCUCCAGCAGGUACAGACACCCACAAACACUCUCCUUCUCUCACUCUCCCCCUUCUCCCUCUCCCCCCCAGGAGAGCUUGCAGCGGUUGGUCCUUACAGGUCUGACCAUGUCCUCUCUGGAGGAACCAUCAUGUCACUGUUUCAGCUCUCUCCAGGGGCUCCGCUCCCUCUCCCUGGCCAAUGUGGAUUUCUACGACUCUGGGCUGGCUGACGUGUGUUCCCUGUCCCGCCUGGAGAGCCUGGACCUGUCCAACACCUCAGUUACCAACCUCAACCCUCUACUGGGUCUCAGAGAGAGGCUGAGGUCACUAACACUACACCAGCUGAAGAGGCUGGAGAUGAGCACUGCACAGCUACUGGCUGUCAUUGGACAACUGGAGGCACUGCAGGUGGAUGGGGACAGCUCUAAUGCUGAAGUUCUGCAUUGAUUUGCUCCACUAUAAAGAGCAUAUACACUAUAUAUACAAAAAUAUGUGGACACCCGUUUAAAUUAGUGGAUUCGGUAAUUUCAGCCACACCCGUUGCUGACAGGUGUAUAAAAUUGAGCACACGACCAUGCAAUCUCCUUAGACAAACAUUGGCAGUAGAAUGGCCUUACUGAAGAGCUCAGUGACUUUCAACAGGGAACCGUCAUAGGAUGCCACCUUUCCAACAAGUCAGUUCGUCAAAGUUCUGCCUUGCUAGAGUUGUCCCGGUCAACUGUAAGUGCUGUUUUUGUGAAGUGGAAACGUUUAGGCGCAACAACGGCUCAGCCGUGAAGUGGUAAGCCACAUAAGCUCACAGAACGGGACCGCAGAGUGCAGAAGCGCGUAGCGCGUAGGAAUCAUCUGUCCUCUGUUGGGGUACCAACUCCAUAUUAAUGCCCAUGAUUUUGGAAUGAGAUGUUCGACAAGCAGGUGUCCACAUACUUUUGGUCAUGUAGUGUACAUUGCUGAGCCAAGUUUCUGAAACAUUAUUAGCGAUCCGUCACUGUGAUUGUUAGCUAUCCCUGAACGUUACUUGCGGUGCUCUAAUGGGUUUACUUCUGAUACUCAUGCUUCUGAUACUUUUGUGUGUGAACCUACCCAUGCAGCACCUGGACAUCAGUGAUGAUAAACAGUUCACAUCAGAUGUGGCUCAUCAGCUGCUGGGUGAGCCUGGGAUCCUGCCUGCUCUGGUCUCGCUGGAUGUGUCUGGACGCAAACAGGUACUGGAGACAGAGUAUGAGUUUAGUUGA